CCGGCUAACAGUCGAGCAUGGAGCGGCGAACACUUGGAGAGGUGUUCCAUUGGGGCACCCCAGGGUCGCUUUACCCUUUUCCCUCCCUCGCGCAAUUUGUGUGCCUCGGCCAAGUGGGAAACACCCGCGUAGGCCAGAACGCACGCGAUGACGGACCUUGGUCACUCGGCAGGCAGGGUCGGGCGCGCGCCAGAGAGAUUUUCUAUGACUUCUGAUUCACAAUUGUCUUGUUUUCUGUGUUCCGUGUUUCCUUUCUUUCUCUUUCUCUUUCCUUCUCUCUCGCCGUGCCAGUCUAAGCUGGAAAGCUUCAAUCGAGCGCGUUAUACGCUGCUGCUCUCCGUCCGUGUUUCAGCAGCUGGAAAACAGUACCCAGUUGAUUUUGUCCUCGCUGUGUCGCACGACCAAUUUGGCUUUGCUAGAGGAGGAUUCGAAAGGACAAGAUGGCUUCAAACUCGACCAAGGGCUCCAAUGGCAAGCAGCCAGCAUCCGCAGCGACAAAUCUCAUUGCCGGAGGCGGUGCUGGUAUGAUGGAAGCGCUCGUGUGCCACCCGCUAGACACAAUCAAAGUACGCAUGCAGCUUUCGAGGAGAGCAAAAGCCCCAGGAGCGAAGAAGGUGGGCUUCAUUGGCACUGGUUUGAACAUUGUAAAGCGCGAAACCCCGCUAGGUCUAUACAAAGGCCUCGGCGCUGUUCUGACCGGUAUCGUGCCUAAGAUGGCCAUAAGAUUCACAUCAUAUGAAUGGUACAAGCAACUUUUAGCGGAUAAAGAUGGGAAGGUUAGCGGAUCGUCAACAUUCGUGGCUGGUCUGGCUGCUGGUGUAACGGAAGCCGUGCUUGUGGUAACGCCCAUGGAAGUUAUCAAAAUUCGAUUGCAGGCGCAGCACCAUUCUAUGGCAGACCCCUUGGAUAUUCCGAAGUACCGAAAUGCUGCACAUGCUUUGUACACCGUAGUGAAGGAGGAAGGAGUUGGCGCUCUCUAUCGUGGUGUUUCCCUCACAGCUUUGAGACAAGGAACGAAUCAAGCAGCCAAUUUCACCGCAUAUUCGUACCUUCGAUCCACGCUACAGGAGUACCAGGGAACAGUUGAUCUACCAGGCUGGCAAACCUCAACCAUUGGUCUGAUAUCCGGCGCCAUGGGACCUUUCUCAAACGCGCCCAUCGAUACGAUCAAGACCCGUCUGCAAAAGACUCCAGCGGAGCCAGGUGACACUGCUCUGGGUCGCAUAACCAAGAUCGCCGGCGAUAUGUGGAAACAAGAAGGUGUCCGAAGUUUCUAUAAGGGUAUCACUCCACGGGUGAUGCGUGUUGCGCCAGGACAGGCGGUUACCUUCACAGUUUAUGAAUACUUGAGGGGACUGCUAGAAAAGAACAGAGACAUGAUGCCCGGUGGCAAAUACGAGGAAUAAAUGCCUCGAGAGAACCAAGGAGUAAAUACGUUCAUAUGAUUUUUUUUUUUUUGCAUAUGUAUAUAUCCCUUUCAAACUGCAUCUAUCAGCAUUGGUGUUCUAAGAGCAUAUUAGAUAGGAUACCAAGUAUACCAAAAUGCAUUUUUGGCGUCGAUCCGCUAGCCGAUUUCAAGAACACCUCUAUUCUAACGCUUGGUGAGAUGUCGAAAUACAGUCCGGAGAAUACACUCGCGCGGAUAUUUCAUGAAAGACGACGAAGGUUGUCAA